GGCCUUGCUACGCCGACGGGUCGCGGGCUGGCAGCUAGUGGGCCGUAGGUUGAACCUGGAGCCAGGGCCUUGCGGAUGGGAGAUGUUGCCCUUCUGCCUUGAACCGGGCCUGGAAGCUUGCGUCCUGUACAAAGAUGGCAAGUGGUUGGCCUUCAACCGCAGUUGCCCACAUGCUGGCAUCGAUUUGCUGGUGGGCGGUGACAUUGAGGACCUUUCGGAACUGAAUGCGGGAGUAGUGGUGGGAUGCCCUGCUCACACGUAUCUCUUCGACCCCGUAGUUGGUACUUGCCUUUGGGACGCUUCCCGCGGCCUUCCAGAAACACCACCGCUGCAGACCUAUGAGGUGAGUGAACGGUGUGGUCAGAUUUGGGUGAAACCAAGACCCCUGCCGAAACCGGUUGCCAAAGAGGACUGGGAUCAGGCGGCACCUGUGAGGCCUGUGAGGCUGUUGUCACAUGGGUUAUGAAGUCCAUCUGCUAUGAUGGGAUCCAGGUAUAACAUGCGGUUGGGUCUAUUCCUACCUAUUAUUUUUUUGAUAGUUUUUACAUGUUUUUACUGGUACUGUUCCGAAAGUGGGCAACAAUUCUUGUUCAUGCUACAGCUGAUUAUCCCUGCAUGGAAAUUGGUUUUCCAUGGCUAAACCAGCUGCCGAGUUUGGGCGGGCUAAGUCUCAACAUGGUGUGGAGGUGGCUCAGUUUGUUGGCCGCCAUGGAAAAUAAACACGGCCGGAAAGUCACUAAAAUUUGUAGAUUAUAUUCACCUGUGCUUAAAAUUUAGAUUUUUCAUGAUUUUGGCCCAUUUACCAAAGGUUGCUACUUGAGACCGGGUUCCACUGGGUUCAUGCUUCAUCCUCCCAGGCCCGCGCCGAUGCUUUGCAACUCGCGUUGGUGGAUAAAGCGCUCGCUCGAAAAUUCCCGGACUGAGUGCGACCAGCGGGAGAAAAGCGAAGACCCAGCAACUGCCAAUUCAAUGCGCUCCCAGGGGCUGAGUUGACGUUGGGGCACUAAAGCAAUCGCAUUAUUAUAGUUGCAGGCACACCUCUUUCUAACUAGGUCCUUAGGUCUACUUGCUGCUCUUCUUGUUGGCUCAAGCAUUGGAGAAACGGCCAAGGCCAGCAAAUACAG